AUGUCUCUUACCUACUACGUGCCUACGACGCCGGAUCCAAGGGCUUCAAAUCUCUCCCACACGGCCAAACGCGUCGUGGACCUACUAUUCUUUUUCAAUCCCGACUCCAUCCCAAGGUCAUUGCUUGCUCCACCCGCUGCUGUGGUGGAGAAUCAGUCAUAUAAUUUCCUCAAAAACCAAGAAGAGCUCGACCAGGCCAUUGCCGAGCUUAUCGAACGAUCCAUUGUUCGCAUAAACGAUAAUGGUAACCUCGUACUAUCUGUCAGCAAUCCAUUCGACGGAAUCGAGGACGACCAAGUCAACUCUGCAUUUAGUCAUGCCGUUCGAAUCUUCGACAGAGCGCUGCCCGACCUUUCCCGACCAGGCCUCGAUUCGUUCAGGACAAGCCAGGUUGUGCUCCCGCACAUUAUUCGAACUAUUGAAGUGACGAGAAACAUUGAGAUUCGGAUGAGAAGGAAAACGGGAUGGAUGGAGCUUGUUUUGCGGGCAGGCCGGUAUGCUCAAGAGAACCAACAGCCAGACCUUACUACGUACUUCAUCGAUUACAUUAUGAUGGAAAUCCAAGUCCCUAUGUUCGGAGCACGCAUGACUCACGACUUCCUCUCGAGGACGUAUACUCUGCAGGGCCACGCCCUUCUGGAUCUUGCCCGCCCACGUGCUGCCCUAGUUUCGUUCAAGGGCGUUCUUCAGAUAGAGGAGGAUCGAUAUGGGCCCAAUUCAAUGGCUGUGGCAAAAGUGUGUGACUCGAUUGCCUACGCUUACACUGAGAUUGGAGAUGCCGAUCAAGCAUCAGUAUUUUUACACAGAGCGGAUGCCAUCUACGCGGAUAAAGCCCCAUACUUCGACACAGAGGAUGCUGACAAAAAGCCUUACAUGACCCCUCGAGCUCGACCUAUCCAGUCACUUGUACAUCUCAGAGCGGGACAAGUCGAUGAAGCUAUCAGCUCUCUCCGGCGGUUCUGGGGGGAACGGCAAAUGACACUUGAGACCAUUGAGCCAUCACCAGAUUCAAAUUACGGCGGGGAUAUUAUCCUUUUUGCUCGUAUAUGCUUGGCACAAGGCAAGGCUGUAGAAGCCCAGGAGCUGGCCUCGUAUUCCAUUACCAUGAGGCGCACCUUUUACGGGCCACAUGGAGGUCCCAGGGUGGCUGACUCGCUCUUCCUAGUUGCUCUCAUACAGGCCGAUCGCGGGUUGACCGACGUAUCUUCGACUGUGUUGAGACAAAUCAUCGAUAUGUGCGAAGGAAACAGCGCUGCGUUGAAUGCUCACGUAGCUAGAGCCUGUUGGUUUCUUGCUCGGAACGAGGAGCGCGAUGGCUCGGACGCUGCCCAAGUGGCAGAACUCAGAGCUAGGGCGCGGCAGAUCCGGGCGUCGAUCCGAAGACACGAGUGGCCCGCUGAGGACACAGAUGACGCUUUCAUGAAAUUGGUCAGUUGGAUGCUUUGGUAA